AUGAACUAUGAGAAUUAUGACCCCUAUUUCCCUGAUCAACCUGUAGUUGAUCUCUACCUUCCAGUGUGGGCUAACUUGCCGGCCUUCCGGUCCAAGGCAGCCUUCAUUUGGGCUGAAGAUGGCGCCACGUUAACCUAUGCUCAACUCAAUUCCUCAGCUCAAUCCAUUUCUGCCAAAAUACUCCAUCGGUUGAAGAGAGGAGACACUGUUGUUAUUCUGUGCUCGCCUGGGCUUGAGCUCGUUGAGAUCAUUUUUGGGUGCCAAAGAGCUGGUCUUCUGAGUGUGCCCAUCUUCCCGCCUCACCCUUCUUUCAGCAAAGAAGACCAUUACCACCUUGUUAGGGUUUUGUCUCAGACAAAGCCUAAAGCUGCCAUAGCUCAACACGGUUUCAUCGCAGCAGUGAAGCGAUAUGUAUCCUCUUCUGUCAGUGACAAAAGGCUCUGCGAGCUGUUACAAGGAGUCAGGUGGAUUUCUACUGAUGAUGUCAAAGAUGGAAAGGAAGGAAAUAGUUCAUCAGGUUCUUUGCCAUACCACGGUUGCAAGGCGGACGAGAUGUAUUUGGUUCAGUUCACCUCAGGGGCAACAGGGAUUCCGAAGCCGGUACUGGUGACUGCAGGAGCAGCUGCUCACAAUGUUAGAACAGCGAGGAAGGCCUACCAUCUUCAUCCAAAUAGCGUUAUUGUUUCAUGGUUGCCUCAGUACCAUGACUGUGGCCUUAUGUUCUUGCUGCUGACUAUUGUAUCCGGCGCAACUUGCGUGCUAACAUCGCCCAUCGCCUUCGUAAACAGGCCAAGACUAUGGCUUGAGUUGAUUUCGGAGUACAAGGCAACGUGCACCCCAGUUCCCUCCUUCGCAUUGCCGCUUGUGGUCAAACGUGGAGGGAUUGACAAGGGAACCCUACCCAUAAAUUUAUGGAGCUUGAAAAACCUGAUUAUCAUCAAUGAGCCCAUUUACAGGGACUCGGUUGAGGAAUUUGUCAAUGCAUUUCUGCCUUUCGGGUUAAAUCCAGCAUGCAUCUCACCAUCUUAUGGCUUAGCAGAAAAUUGCACCUUUGUUUCGACAGCAUGGAGAAACAAUGGUGGGUCUUCUAGUUUUCCAAACAUUCCAUCUUACAACAAGCUCUUACCUAGUGCAAGGCUGGCUUCUGAAUGCAUAGAUGAGGAAGAAAUGGACAUUCUAGUUGUGAAUGAAGAAACACAGGAGCCCGUUGAGGACGGGAUUGAGGGAGAGAUAUGGGUUUCAUCUUCAAGCAAUGCCUCUGGUUACCUCGACCACCCUUCUUUAACUCGCUAUGUAUUUCUAGGAAGGCUAAGCAACAAGGUGAGUAGCUGCUUUGUCCGAACAGGCGAUAGAGGAAUUGUUAAAGGAGAAGAGAGAUACCUCUUCAUAACCGGUCGAUCUUCGGACAUGAUUGAACUCCAAAGUGGUGAGCAGAUACAUCCCCAUUACAUAGAGACUGCUGCUUAUAACAGUUGCCAAAAGUUUCUUCGGGGAGGUUGCUUAGCUGCAUUCAAGAUUUCAAGGACAGUCGUUCUUGUUGCAGAGAUGCAAAGAAGGGAAGAAGAGACAAGCAUUUUGAAGAUUAUAUGUGAAGGGAUUAGAGACUCUGUACUGAGGGAAGAGAAAAUAGGAAUUGGUUUGGUGGUUCUUGUUAAGGCUGGAUGCGUUCCAAAAACAACUUCUGGUAAGAUACAAAGAUGGGCAACCAAAGAUAAGCUCAUACGAGGCAAAAUGAAAGUAGUAAUGGAGAUGCAGUUUGAGGAGAAUGGUAGGUCUAUAGAAGCUGGUGCAAGUAAGAGAAAUGGAGGAAGAGUUAUGGUAGGCGAAGAGAUGGGAAAUGAUGUGAUUUCACUUUCUAUUGCUCCAACUCAAGUAGGAUCACGUUCUUUCUUGUGA